AUGGCGCUUGACUUUGGCGCGAACGACAUAAUUGCUGGUGUCGCCUUAGCAAAGAAGAUCUAUGAAAUCAACUUCGUAGAAGACAAUAGAGCCGGUAAGUGUGAAGACUGGUCCCAGGUAGAGCUCGUUCUGACUGUUACAGACUACCGAUUCCAGAACUUCCGUAAAGAAAUCAAGGAUUUUGAAAAGCUUCUCAAACAGCUCGACACCUCGUUGGCAGAGGCGGCUAGGCGUUACCAGAAUGGCGCCCUCGCCGCUCAAAAGGGUGCCCAUCACCCUGGCGAGCAAGAGUUCGAGAGGGAGCGUCAACGCAUGACCGGAGAUUUUGAGGAGACUCUGAAAGAAUGUCAAGUCUUCCUCCUAAAGCAUCGAGGGCUGCUCGGGAAAAGGAGCAACUUUGGUGACAACAUGCUGUGGCAUGCGACCCAGCAAGAUCAAAAGAUCGAUUCGUUGCGCAGUCGCAUCCACAUGCACUCGACGAAGAUCAAGCUCGUGAUUGACCGACUCAGCAUCGACCUCUUGACCAACUUCGAUGCUAGGAUCGACGACCUGUUCGACAUCUCUCUGAGGACAGUGAAUCUGCAGAAAGACAUGCAGCAAGAAAUGAGAAAGUUCCAUGCAAGCUUGGUUGGUGUCCUUGCCGGUCUUGAACCAGCGGCCUCACUUGGGCCCGAGGAUACAUGUCAUGCGAGCCCAGCGAUCGAAGCCAGAUUCGAAGAAUCAAUGAGAGUGUUCGCUCCUCCUGCCCUGGCGACCAGCGGUGAAUUUCCAUUAAGCGAAGGGUUUGACGCCCUACUCCUACACUUCGAGCAGAGUUUCGAAGGCAGAGAACAAACCCCGGAGAUGUACUUGUCGCUGCUGAAGACACGGUGGUUGCUUGCUCGCCUCAAGAAGAGCAAGGGUUAUACUCGUGCUUGCGCAGCCUAUUACUACAAACGUGCCGUGCACCAGGUCGAGCAGGCAAUUGAGAUCCGUCUCCGGGAUCAAGACAUCAUGUCAUACAGCGAUGAGAUACUGAUGGCCCUUCCCGAGUCGAUGUUCUUAAUUUGGACUCCGCCGGAAGAGGAGGAAGUCGCGCCUGAGCUUGAUCUUACCGCGGCCCAGGCGAACGAACAGGAGCUUCUUCGCUUGCAGCUCGCCUCCAGGAACGACCAGCCGUCGGAGUCGCUGAUGCUUUUUCGGCGGUCAACAACCGACUUCCGCCUUGUACAUGAGAAGAUCACGGCCGAAGGGCGCGAGGUUGUUUACCCUCUCAUGAUCUACACCGAACAAGACCAAUUGAUCCCACGUUAUGCCAUGCCGACCUUGAAAGACCCAUGCUUCGAGCUGGCGGUCUACUAUCGAAAAUUAGAGUAUCUCUUCAAGUUCAAGUGUCUGGAGGACGCCCUCGCGACCCAGACGGCAUUGACGGGGUACGAUGUCUCACAUGACCAGUCAAACAUCACCUGCGAAUUCAACAAGGCUGCUGCUGCUCUCGAUUGUAAAGCGCGGGUACAACUCUGGCAGGAUCCCAUCCCAACUCCGCAAGCCCCUGAUGCGUCGUCGGUCGGAUCACCGACAGAGUCGUUCAGUAAUCAGAGUGCCCGUUCGCGGCAGAGCAGCUAUAUCGAGUCGAUUGGGGCUUCUGCCAGCAUCAGCCAAGUCGGUGACGGGUUGGAGGCAGAAAGCAUCAGGCACCCGGCGUUGUUGAUGACGACCCAGUUCACGGACGAAAAGCAUGGCCAGAGAUUUGCCAUCAUGUUCGUAGACCUGGAGACGUCCAUCAACAUCGACACGAGCAUGUGCAAGUGUCACUCCAACUACGACAACUGUUCUUACAUUUGCCUCCGCCGACGGGGCAACAAGCCGAUUCCCAUCCGGAUCCUAUUCACCGAGUGUAACGAAAGAGGACUUCCCGAUCCCACCACCUUUAACCUGUUGCCGUUCCGACUGCCCCGAGGCGAACAGUUCCGGAAGCUCGAGGUCAAGGAAACACAACACAUCCUCCUCAGGUUCAAAACCCUGGCCGAGAAGGACAGGUUCCACCACGAGCUUCGGAUUAGGUUCUACAUACGAGCCAAGCAGGUGACCGACCAACACAAUGCACUCAGGGAGAUCGCCCACCGCCAGGACAGACCGGUGAGGGCAUUCACCUCGGAUCCUGGAGCCUCUCUGGGCCCUCGAAGGUCCACCACCAGUACCACUUUCAGCCAAACGUCUGCCCCACGGAUCGAUCUCGACCACGACUGGGGUUUCGAGGUCUCUUUGAAUGGCGCGGAAUCGGAACACUCUCCCAGCACGGCGACACCGAGGAGAAACACGAAAAGGCAAUCUACCAUCGACAAAGAGCUCGGAACACGUCCUCUCGAUCCGUCACCGCGGGCCAACACGGCGCAGACUGGUUUUACGAAUCCAGACCGGAGGAACACCAGGACCAGCUCGAAUGCACAGUCCAGUGUGAGUGUCUCGUCGAAGUCAGGAGAUGGUUGGGCCGCGGCGAAGAGUAUGUGGAAGAAAUUGAAGCUCUAGACCCCGAGAUUUCGUUGCGGAAUGGUGGAUGGGUCUUUUUUUGUAAACGAACGAUGAUUUAUGAUGAGAUAUCCAUGGGGUUUUUCUAUGUACACAUUUCCAAUCGGAGUUAUAGUAUGGGUUCAC